AUGACGGCACGCGAACGCGGGAAUCCCCUCAACGCGGGCGUGCGAGUGCGCGAAGCAAGCGAGGUUGCAAGCGAGGCUGCGACAGCCAGAAUCCUCAAAAACGAGAUCUCCGCGGGAAGCGGGAAUGAGAACAUGGGCGUGGGGGUGGGGGUGGAUGUGGGUGAUGGGGGCGGCGGGGGUCGGGCGGUGGACGCAAGUGUCCACGUGGCAACGCAGAUCAAGGUGUCGGGCGUGAGCGUCCCCGUCAGCUUCGACGCCCUCCGCUGCUUCAGCCUUCCCCGGGCGGCGCGCAAGGCGGCGGGAGACGUGCAGGUGUGGUGGCACGGGCUCACGGGCGGCGGCACGGGCGGCGGCAGCAAGAGCGGCGGUGGUUCGCGUGGGAAGGGUGGAGGUGCGGCGUGCAAGCAGCUGCGGUUCUUUGCCAACCCGGCCUGCAAGGGCAAGGCGCUGGAUGAGGUGCUGCAGCCGCAGUUUGCUGCUCUAAGGAGAUUCUUCCACGUGCCCAGGUGGGUCCUGGCUCAAAGAAGGUUGCCCGAUGGACUUCCGUCUCCUGCAAGUGUGGUGCGUGCCUUGCCUCCCUGCCUUCCUGCUUCCCUGCCUCCUUGCCUCCUUGCCUCAUUGCCCUGCCUCGUUGCUUUCCACGCAUUGCCUGAUUCUCCUCGCCGCACAUUGUCGUACCCCUGUGCUACCCACGUGGCUCUCUUCUCAUCUCACCCCAUGCUGCCAGAAAUCACCUGCCAGCACGCCACGUGCAUGCCAACGACUGACAGCAAGGGCGUCACGUGUCUCUGUGCUACCCAUGACUCUCUUAUCCCGUGCUGGCUCCCCUCCCAUUGCAAAAAUCACCUGCCAGCACGCCACGUGUCCAGCCAACUCCACGUGCAUGCCAACGACUGA